CGCCUAAUCCACAGAAGAAGAAGAAGAAGAAGAAGAAGAAGUUUCCGCUUUGCCUUAAAUCAGGUUACAGCUGUGAUCCAUAAACAGUCCGGACCCGAACUUCCAUUACGUCACAACGAAUGGGGUUCGGCAAGUUCUGCAGUCUGGACAGUUCCGAUCCAUUCUGGGAUUGGAACCGUACAUGGUACACAGCUAACCCAGACCUCACCCAGUGCUUCCAGAACACUGUCCUGGUGUGGCUGCCAUGCCUCUACCUCUGGAUUUGUGCACCCAUCUACCUCAUCUACCUCCGCAGCCACAACCGUGGCUACAUAUGUAUGAGUCACCUCAACAAAGCUAAAACUGCUGUCGGCCUGCUGCUGUGGAUUAUCUGCUGGUCAGAUGUUUUCUAUUCUUUCUGGGAAAGAAGUCAUGGCAGCAAUAUCCCCGCACCUGUCCACCUAGUCAGUCCAACGUUACUUGGCCUCACCAUGUUGCUGGCCACCCUGUUGAUUCACUAUGAACGGAUGAAAGGGGUUCAGUCAUCUGGAGUCAUGCUGAUCUACUGGCUGCUUGCACUGCUGUGCGCCACAGUCACCUUCAGGUCUAAGAUCCUGCAGGCCCUGGACCAGCUAUUGACAAUGAGUGUGUGGAGGUACACCACCUUCUACAUCUACUAUGCUCUGCUGCUGAUAGCUCUGUUCCUGUCCUGCUUGACGGACCGGCUGCCCCUGUUCUCCCAGUCCGUCAAAGACUCGAAUCCGUGCCCUGAGCCUGGAGCUUCUUUUCUCUCUAGGAUAACCUUCUGGUGGAUCACCAGGAUGAUGGUGAUAGGCUACAAGCGCCCACUGGAGGAAAAAGAUCUGUGGUCUCUGAACCCUGAGGACCGCUCCCACAGAGUGGUUCCACAGCUGGUGUGUCGCUGGAAUGCAGAGUGCCAAAAGGUCAAAAGGACAGAGCAGAAGACUUUGUACUCCCCUAAGCGGCUCCCGCACAGUGAGAGCAAAGAGGGCCAAGCUGUGGAAGAGUCUGAAAUCUUGAUUGUGAAACCCCCCCAGAAGACAAAAGAGCCAUCCCUGUUCUGGGCACUGUGCCUGACCUUUGGGCCGUACUUCCUCAUCUCCUGCCUCUACAAGAUCAUCCAGGACAUCCUCAUGUUUGCUGGGCCUGAGAUCCUUCGGCUGCUGAUCCGCUUCGUCAAUGACUCCAAUGCCCCAUCCUGGCAAGGAUACUUCUACACCACUCUGCUCUUCAUAUGUACCUGUGUACAGUCACUCAUUCUCCAGAAGUACUUUCACGUCUGCUUUGUCUCAGGCAUGCGUCUGCGCACCGCCAUCAUCGGAGCUGUCUACAGGAAGGCUUUGGUUAUAAGCAGUGCAGCACGCCGCACCUCCACGGUGGGAGAGAUCGUUAACCUUAUGUCGGUGGACGCUCAGCGCUUCAUGGACCUCAUCACUUACAUCAACAUGAUAUGGUCUGCCCCUCUGCAGGUGGUGCUGGCUCUCUACUUUCUAUGGCAGAACUUGGGUCCAUCUGUGCUGGCUGGAGUGGCUGUGAUGGUUUUGAUGGUUCCUGUAAAUGCUGUCAUCGCCAUGAAAACCAAAACCUAUCAAGUGGCUCAAAUGAAGAGCAAAGACAAUCGCAUUAAGCUGAUGAAUGAGAUGCUGAAUGGCAUUAAAGUGCUGAAGCUGUACGCCUGGGAACUGGCCUUCAAGGACAAGGUGUCAGAAAUCCGUGAGAGUGAGCUGAAGGUCCUGAAGAAGGCCGCCUACCUGGGUGCAGUCUCCACCUUCACCUGGGUCUGUGCACCUUUUUUGGUUGCCCUGUCCACCUUUACUGUGUAUGUGCUGAUCGACGAACACAACGUGCUCGAUGCUCAGAAGGCCUUUGUGUCACUGGCGCUCUUCAACAUCCUCCGCUUUCCUCUCAACAUGCUGCCAAUGGUCAUCAGUAGUAUGGUGCAGGCCAGUGUGUCCUUGAAGCGACUGAGAGUGUUUCUAUCACAUGAAGAGCUGCAGGAAGACAGUGUGGAGCACAAAGCAUCAGCAAGCUCCCCGCACAGUAUCUCCAUCGUAGAUGGAGUUUUCAGCUGGUCCAGAACUGAAUCACCAACACUCAAGAAGCUCAAUGUCUCCAUCACAGAAGGCUCUCUGGUGGCUGUGGUGGGACAUGUGGGUUCAGGAAAGUCCUCACUUCUCUCUGCCCUGCUUGGAGAGAUGGAUAAACUAGAAGGAACUGUGACGGUCAAGGGUUGGGUGGCCUAUGUUCCCCAGCAGGCCUGGAUCCAGAAUGCCACGCUGAAAGACAACAUAAUGUUUGGUCAGGAGAGGAGGGAGGCCUGGUAUCAGCGUGUGGUGGAUGCAUGUGCCCUCCAGCCUGACCUGGAGAUUCUUCCUGCUGGAGACGAGACUGAGAUUGGAGAGAAGGGAGUGAAUCUGUCUGGAGGUCAGAAGCAGAGGGUGAGCCUGGCCAGGGCUGUUUACUGUGACCGUGCUGUGUACCUGCUGGAUGACCCACUGUCUGCUGUCGACAGUCAUGUUGGAAAACACAUCUUUGAACAAGUCAUCGGCCCACAGGGACUGCUGAAGGAUAAGACACGUGUGCUGGUUACCCACGGGCUGAGCUACCUGCCCCAGGCCGACCUGAUUCUGGUGAUGGUGGAGGGAGAGAUCACAGAGAUGGGCUCGUAUCAGCAGCUCAUGGCCAAAGAGGGAGCCUUCUCAGAGUUUCUGCGGACAUACAGUGCUGUCGAGCACAGUGAAUCUGAACCAAAGAGUAUAGCCAAAGGGCUAGAGAACGGCUCUGCAACUCCUCUUGUUGGUCUGGGUGACAGCAAUGUGUCCCAACUGGCCCAGAAGGACAAGGAGGCCAAGGUACUGAGCAAUAACACCAAGAAUCCUCUGGUGGGCAAGCUGACAGAGGCUGACAAGGCCAGCACUGGACGGGUCAGACUGUCUGUGUUCUGGGCCUAUCUGAAAGCCAUCGGAGUUCUCCUGUCCUUCAUCAGUCUCCUGCUGUUCCUCACCCAUCACCUGCUCUCCCUGUUCUCCAACUACUGGCUGAGCCUGUGGACCGACGACCCCGUGGUUAACGGCACGCAGCCUAACAGACAGAUGAGACUCGGGGUGUAUGGUGCACUCGGCGUGUCCCAGGGUGUAGCAGUCUUUGGUUACUCUCUUUCCAUGUCCAUCGGGGGCAUCCUGGCGUCUCGCUUCCUCCACCAGUCCAUGCUGUAUGACGUCCUGCGCUCACCCAUGUCCUUCUUUGAACGAACCCCUAGCGGCAACUUGGUGAACCGCUUUGCCAAGGAGAUGGACACCAUUGACUCAGUGAUCCCCAGCAUCAUUAAGAUGUUCAUGGGCUCCAUGUUCAACGUGUUGGCUGCUUGUGUCGUCAUCCUGGUUGCCACACCGCUGGUAGCAAUCAUCAUUCCCUUUUUGGGCCUGCUCUACUUUUUUGUGCAGAGGUUUUAUGUGGCAUCAUCUCGCCAGCUGAAGCGUCUGGAGUCAGUCAGCCGCUCACCCAUCUACACCCACUUCAAUGAAACACUGCUGGGCACCUCCGUCAUUCGAGCGUUUGGUGAACAGGAGCGCUUCAUCUGUGAGAGUGAUCAGCGGGUGGACCACAAUCAGAAGGCUUACUACCCAAGCAUAGUAGCAAACAGGUGGCUGGCAGUUCGCCUGGAGUUUGUAGGAAACUUCAUCGUCACAUUUGCUGCUUUGUUUGCGGUCAUAGCCAGAGAGAGCCUCAGUCCAGGCAUCAUGGGGCUGUCUAUCUCCUACGCCCUCCAGCUGACUUCCUCUCUGACCUGGCUGGUGAGGAUGUCCUCUGAUGUGGAGACCAACAUAGUUGCUGUAGAGAAAGUGAAAGAGUACAGUGACACAGAGAAAGAGGCUGAGUGGAAACACGAGUUCUCUAGUCUCCCAUCAGGGUGGCCCACUCAUGGCUGCAUAGACAUCAGAGGCUUCAGCCUUCGAUACCGCCAUGAUCUGGACCCAGCCAUACGCAACAUCACCUUCAACAUUAACGGAGGAGAGAAGGUGGGGAUUGUUGGGCGCACGGGAGCUGGGAAGUCAUCACUUACACUGGGGCUGUUCCGGAUCAUUGAGGCAGCCGAGGGCCAAAUCUUCAUUGAUGGGGUGGACAUUGCUCAGCUGGGCCUCCAUGAGCUCCGCUCCAGAAUCACCAUCAUACCACAGGACCCGGUGCUGUUUUCAGGCUCUCUGAGGAUGAACUUGGAUCCUUUUGACAGCUACUCUGAUGAGGAAAUCUGGAGGGCUCUGGAGUAUUCCCAUCUCAAGAGCUUUGUGUCUGGCCUGCCCAACAAACUCAGUCAUGAGUGUAGUGAAGGAGGAGAGAACCUCAGUGUGGGUCAGCGGCAGCUUUUGUGCCUGGCCAGAGCUCUGCUGAGGAAAACCAAGAUCCUGGUUCUAGACGAGGCCACGGCAGCUGUGGACAUGGAAACAGAUAACCUCAUCCAGUCUACUAUCCGCUCCCAGUUUGAGGACUGCACCGUCCUGACAAUAGCUCAUCGCCUUAACACCAUCAUGGACUACACCAGGGUCCUGGUGCUGGACAAGGGAGAGAUGACAGAAUUCGACAAUCCCUCGAAUCUCAUCGCUCAAAGAGGCCCCUUUUACCAGAUGGCCAAGGAUGCUGGACUGGUCUGAGAGCAGGAGGUGCCUCUCUUUGUCCAGCUGAUCCUCCUAGCUCCACUCCUUUUAGAGUCAGAGGGAGAUCAAGGUGGGGAAUUAGAGUGACUAUUUAAGCAAAAAGUGUUGAUGAGAACAAAAGGUUUGACCUGUUCCACCAUGCACGCUGCUAGUCCCGAACAGCUCUACUCUUCCUCCCCGUUUCAUGUUCUUUCACAGCCUCUUCUGCCACUGAAGAGGGGUUGAAGAGUUCUAACACAGGACGUACUGUAUGUCUUUUCUUCUGACAGAGCAUUGUACAUGUGCGUGAUCCAGGAAGGGGAGUUAAAAGACAAAAUUCCACGUGGUAUGUAUCACAGAUAGUUCUGUCCUGGUUGUGGUCAUGCUGAGGUCAGUAGAGGAUGAAAGUACCAAAUCAUAACGUGCCAAAUGCUGUCCUCAAAUGUGUUUUAAAGUGCAGAUUCUGAUCAUCAGCUGUGUUUAAGGUUGCUGCUUACACAGUGCACUGAAAGGUGAAGCAUGACUGCCCCCGCUCCAUAGUACAUGCUUAAUGUAUACAGUAUGGUCUGUAUACUCAUCUUUGCAGUAUGCUAUUUUUUUUAGUUGGUAUUCUACAAAUUGACAUACUUUAGUGCGUAUUCAGACGGUGCAGAAACGCACGACCCCCACCGGUGUCCGGUUUGCCUGUCCCUGUCUGAACGUGGCCUUACAGUUUCAAAAUGAUACAAUCUGCAGCGCUGGCUCAAUUUAAAUGAUUAAACAGCACUAUACAAUGUUUUCUUUUUAAAAUAUCACCAGACUUGGUCAAAGUAAACAGCACAGACAGCCAAAUGGCUAGCUGAAUGUUGGCUAAAUGUGAGGUCAUCAGUAAUUCUUCUGACGGGCAUGUUCGCUGUUUUAUCUUUACUUUCAGAGUAGCAUCAGGAAGGGGUGGAGGUGUCUCAGCUGAUAGGUCAGAAACAUCAUUAUGUCAUCAUUACAUAUAGAAAACUACAAACACACAAACUGACUGUUACAUUCAGCACUGACUGUUUAUUUAUUGUGUUUGUGUUCUUUCAGCUUUAAGUUGGUGUGUUCAUGCAAGCUGCUCAUUUGGUUAGAGGCUUUACACGUGUAAUAAUGCUGAAAAACUGGGAUUAUUGUCCCAACACAUCUGCAGUUUCAUGUUUUGGAGUCUCGGAAGAAAACCUUUAGUCUUUAAGGGGAAACUCUGUUCCAAACAGCCUUGAAUGGCUGCAGAACAACAAAACCAAAACAAAUCCUGAAUGUGCACAAAACAGACAUUAUGGUUCUUUCUGUUUUUAUUUUUUAUAUGUCUGAAUUACAUUACAUUCAGCUCUGACAGCAAGUUAUAAAAUCACUUGAUUUGCUUUGUUAGAUUUCUCUGCAUUGCUGUUGUUUGUGUGAGUUACUGUUAAUUUCUGGUAAAUAAAGAUGUUUUCAGUUGAAUGAGAGUUUUGAAGCUACUGUGUGUACUGUAUGUAUGGAGCUCCAGAAAUGACCUGCAGAAGACAUUGCACAGUUUCUUGUGUGCACUGGGAGCCAGAGAAACUCUGGUCCUGGUCCACAGACACAUUCAGGUUCAAUGAUGAUGAAAUGAUUUUCUGUCUGUUUUGCUGCCAACCUAAAUACAUCGGACUACACAAGCUUCAUUUCUUUAGUGCACUAGAAACUUUGUGUAAUUUCUUUUAUGCAUGUAACUUCAGGAGCUGCAGGUAUAUUUAUUAUUUAUUCACGCCAUAUCUACUACCCUGCAUUACAAUGUGUUAGUAUGAAGAAAUGCAGGAAUUUUAAGGCUGAUGGGUUCAUUCAUCAUCAAUAUUACAUUACAUGGAAGUUACCAGUAAACAUUCUGCUUUUGCAUGAUACAGAUGUUUGUUUUCUUUCUUUCAAUUUUGCACACAGUGUCAGACUGUGUGUGAUUCCAUUGUUCUCUUUUACCUUCAGGAACAGAACAAUGCAUCUCUUUCUAGAUUUCCUGUGUCACUGCUGGUCAGACUGGUUGGUCAUUGUGAGCAGGGGCGGACUGGCCAUCUGUGUGAUCUGGAGAAUCACAGAACAGCUGGUACUCUAGGGCAGCCACCAGGGGCGGACUGGCCUAUGGGGGAACUGGGAGUUUCCCCGAUGGGUCAGUGGCCGGCCCGGUACAGCGUGGUGCUUAAGUGACGCACUGACGUUAGUGUGUUUACUACCGUCUACGAGGGAGAGGAGUGAUUAGUGUGUGUGCUACCUGCUGUAAUAGGUAGGCUAAUAUAUUCUAUGAUCAUAGUUGGCUGAAAAUCUCAGGACAUGUGUAAAGCUCAACCAUGUGGCAGUGUCUUUUCAUAUUCAGUAUCUGACUACAGCUAUUAAGAUACAGAUGAGAAUAGGGCAGGAGUGGUGGAAGAAGAAAGUGUGACCUAAGAGGCCCAUGGUGAAGGCUGGUCCAGGUCAUACACUCCAUCCAUUCUUGCCAGUACAAUGAUAGGAACCUCAGUCAAUACUAAAUCUUCAAAAAAAAAGUUUUAAUCUGAAGCAAUGUUGUCUUUUCCCUCUAUUUUAUCUUCAGAGUACACCAGAAUGCCUCAUUUAUGUCUUAAAAAUUACAUUUUUUUUUCUGGGGGAGUGCCUACAGUACUUUAGUUCUCAAGUAUGGUGUGUUUGAGUGAGUGAAUGACAGAGAGAGAGCCGUGUCUGCAUAACCGGGAGGGGGAUGCUAGUCAGGUGGGUGGCUGUAAUGUGAUAAAAAAUAUUUGUCUAACUUUUAGCACAACGCAUUUAGACUAGUUUGGCUGUAAAACAUAAGUAUUGUGUAUGGACUAGGGCCAGACUGCGCUCAGUGGCCACAGUGACCCCAGUCUGCCCCUGAUUGUGAGGGUACCAAAUGGUAAAAAGUCUCUUAUCAAGUCAUCACUGUAGCUACAAAUUGUUAACAUUUGUAUGAACCUGUCUAGCUGUGGAACAACUGGGUCCAAAGACUCAAGCUGACAUGAUGUGGUACUUUCUGCCAUUGUUCCUUGGCGAUGUCUUAGCUGUAAAAGUUCUGCUUUUGGUUCUGCUUGUACAAAUUAGUGAGAAAAGCUUUGGUUGUCUUUCAGCACAUAAAUUUAAACAUCUAGAGAUUCAAUAAAACAUACUUGUUUCAUAUUUCUGAUUACCAAGUGUAUAUUUAAUGCUUUAUAUGUGCAUUACUUGCUUUGUUUAAUCAGUUUUGAAAUAAAAUUAGUUUGUCAGCAAUG